AUGCCGUCGCCAUACGUGUCUUUACCUGUUGGACGACGGAGAAAGAAAUCUCGUCCUGUGAAAAGCGACGAUGAAAAUGGCGCCAUGACUUUGAACGGCUAUGCGAAUGAUGGGUUCAUGGUAAACGAUAACGAGGGUGAAGAGGCCUUUGAAGAGCUGCCUGACCACCAACCACUGAAGCCGCCCUCGCGAUCGCCUGGGCUUCCAAUAUCCAUCAGUGCCGAGUUGGAGGACUUGAGCGAAAUACACCGGGAUAUUGUCGACGGUUUCGUCCAGGAAGCAAAGGUAGCAGAGGAGAAAAUCCGAAAGCGGAAAGGGCUCAGAUCACCACUGUUCACUGAGAAGGAGCUCCAUGUGAUGGCCAUACGGUGGACAACUUCUCUUAACAAGAUGUCUAAGAUUCCAGGCAUCCAGCUUGACAAAUUCAUGAUUCAUGGACCGGAGAUCCUACGUAUCUUGCGGAGAUACUACAGCGGUUACCGUGAGGUCAUGGAUCCCAAGUGCUCUGGAAGUAACGACCAGGAGAUUGUGGAUCUGCUAAGUUCAGAUGCCGAGAUGGGUGAGGAUGCCUACGAGGACGAGGAUGGGGAGGAUUCUCCUUACUUCAACACCAACAGGCACGCCGAUAUUCGGGCCUAG